AUGGCACAAAAGGUUGUUCUGUCUGGCACAGACACGGGGAAGACAACAAGACUCUGUUUUCAGCCAGCCUUUCCGGGCGCCGCCCGGCUGCCAGAAGCAGCAAGUGCAGUCCGCAAGCUCCACGCGCACUGGAGCGCGACAGGCCGGGCUACAGAACUCCCGGACCCGGCUCCAACCCUCCGCUCCCCGCCGCGCCCAGGUGGGCGACCAGGUGCGGCUGACGUGGCGAGAGGGCGUCCCGGGACGCAAAUCCACGCGGCCCCUGGCGACUCACUCGACUGCUCUAGGCCUCAGUGUCUAGACGAAGAGCCAGCCGCAGCGUCCCCGCGCCUCUCGGCUCACGUGCCUCCGCGGAAGUACCAGCAACUCAACCGCCGCCUGGCGGCCCGGACUUGGCUGGCUGGGGCGCGCAGCCGGCGACGAACGCGUCGCACUUCCGCCCCCACUUCCGGUCCGCGGCGCGGUGCUCCCUGCGGAAACCGUUCCCCGGCCGAGGGGUCCGGCUGCCGCGCGGCGCCUAGUGGUCCUUUGCCGGGCACCAUCCCGGCCUCUUCCAUUGAGUCCAAUGACCCGCACGUCCGUCGCCCGCAGGCAGAAAACUGGGGUCCCGCCCUCUCUCAAGUCGUCAUCCCCACCAGGGUCUACAUGCCACUAGCACCCCCCAGGCCACGCCACAACCGUUGCCGGACUCCUGCACAGGCUCAUCGCUUUCCCGAGGCUCCCCCCUCUCUGUUUGCCAACACCCAGAGGCAUCUUUUCACGGCUCGACUCCGAGCCGAUCUCUUUCCUUAA